CAGUGUAGUUAAGGUUCGGUUUAAAAUCAGAUUUUAAGAAGAUACUUUUUAGAAAUAGGCGGAGUUUAGCCAUACUUAUGAUUUUGUGGCUGUGGUAACUAGGCACGACCGGACCAGAGCAGUGCGGGUAAUGGGGAGAUAACAAUAAGCUAAGCAACAUGAAGGCUUCGCUAAACCUGGUUUGGGCAGUUAUUCUCAUAAAACAGGUUGUCGGGGAAUACGGCAUGGCCCAUUUCAGAAACAAAGGCCAGAGCAAAGGAAAAGAUUACUGCAUCUUCUUCAACUCCCAGUGGGCUCGUCUACCUCAGCACCUCAACAAAGCAUCCCGUCUCCAGAUCUAUGACCUGACACCGUCAGUCCUGUGUUCCUCGUCGGACGUCCCGGAGGGGGGCUUCCCCAAUCGUAUCCCCAUGGUAAUGAGGGGGAACUGCACUUUCUACGAGAAGGUCCGCCUGGCCCAGCUCAACGGAGCUAAAGGCCUGCUCAUCAUCAGCAAAGACAGACUGACCCCACCGGCAGGAAACAAGACUCAGUAUGAGAAGAUUGACAUCCCUGUGGCGCUGCUUAGCUACACUGACAUGCUGGACAUCAGUAAGACGUUUGGACCGGGCCAAGAGGUGGCCAUGUACGCCCCGAGCGAGCCUGUCCUGGACUACAACAUGGUCGUCAUCUUCCUCAUGGCUGUGGGGACGGUGGCCAUCGGAGGAUACUGGGCCGGCAGCAAGGACAUCAAGAAGCGCUACAUGAGGCACAAGCGUGACGACAGCGCGGAGAAGCAGGAUGAGACGGUGGACGUGACGCCCAUCAUGAUCUCUGUGUUUGUGGUCAUGUGCUGCUCGAUGCUGGUGCUGCUCUACUUCUUUUACGACCACCUGGUGUAUAUCAUUAUUGGGAUAUUCUGCCUGGCCUCGUCUGUUGGCCUCUACAGCUGUCUCUGGCCCUUUGUGAGGAGACUCCCCUUUGGCAAGUGCAGGAUCCCAGAGAACAACCUUCCCUACUGCCACAAGAGGCCUCAGGUCCGCAUGCUGCUGCUGUCAGCCUUCUGCAUCGGAGUCAGUGUUAUCUGGGGCGUGUUCCGCAACGAAGACCAGUGGGCGUGGGUGUUACAGGAUGCCCUGGGCAUAGCCUUCUGUCUCUACUUGCUCAAGACUAUCAGACUGCCUACAUUUAAGGCCUGCACCAUGCUGUUGGUGACCCUAUUUGUCUACGAUAUUUUCUUUGUAUUUAUCACACCUCUCUUUACCAAGAGUGGUGAGAGUAUAAUGGGGGAGGUUGCGGCUGGUCCCUCUGACUCCUCCACACAUGAGAAGCUUCCUAUGGUGCUUAAAGUGCCCCGCCUCAACUCCUCCCCCCUGGCUCUGUGUGACAGGCCUUUCUCUCUGCUGGGAUUUGGAGACAUCUUAGUACCAGGUCUGCUGGUAGCCUACUGUCAUAGGUUUGACAUCCUCAUGCAGUCCUCACGGUUCUAUUUCCUGGCCUGCACUAUCGGUUAUGGUAUCGGGCUGCUCAUCACCUUUGUAGCUCUGGCACUGAUGCAGAUGGGUCAGCCGGCCCUGUUGUACCUGGUGCCUUGCACCCUCCUCUCCAGCCUGGCGGUGGCGCUGUGGCGCAAAGAGCUGCCCUUAUUCUGGACAGGAAGUGGAUUUGUGCCUCCCAUAGUUCUGCAACCAAUCAACUGUACGCAAACCCCAGGACCACCCAUAGAGGAGCCCCUCACCAAUCCUGAACUACAAGGUCCUGAAGCAGAGUGAGGACCCUCUUCCUCCCCCACUUCAGGACACACCCCUUCCAGAGGCCAGCAAAUCAGAAUAAAGGAUUUCUAGGAUGCCAAUUUCCUAUUCAUUUAGUUUCUGUUCUUUUUUUACAAAGGUUCUCAAUGGAACUCUAGACAUUCGUAACGGACAAAAAUUAUGAACAUUUCAGUGCACUUGGUGUGUAAAGAGGAUGGAUGAAAGGGAAGAAUGGAUGAGCGGGAGGGAGGGAAAGAGGGCACCCAACCUACAGUGGCUGUUCUUCAUAUCCUUGGGGCGGCAGGAUCAGCCAUGGGAGUCCUGGUAAAUGAGCCAGACGUGACCCAGGCUAAACAACACCGAGGCAGGCAAAGAGCACAAUAUAGCUUCGACCUACGCUGACCUAGUCCCUUGUUACCAUUGUCAUGGAAAUUCUAACCAAAAGGAAGAGAGACCUGAUUCUUCAAACAACUUAAAAACGGAGCAGUUAAGUCACUCAAUUGUGCAGAUUUAGAGCCCAACGAACAGUUGGGUCUCAGCUUUCAUAUGAAAUUACAACCUCUUGGUGUAUGUGGCAGUUAGCAGAUGUGUGUAAACAGGGGCGUGGAACAGUGUGUAAAAGGCGAUUAGUUUGUCUGUGCAGAUUAAGAAAGCACGAGGGCUUAACCGUCUAACGGCAUUUGCCACAGCUCACACUGUGCUCAUUUCAGCAAGUUUCCACACAGCUGAGUUCCGGGAGAUAGAUAAAACGUGAUGUCGCAUGCUGCGUUUGCACCCAAACGGCUCUUAGCUGUCGACAAGAUUGUAUCAGGGGGGGAAAAACACUAGCAUAUAACAAUAGACACUUCUCUAAGUAAAAAGUAUGUCUAAUUUUCUCACCACACACUAUGCCAAAGUCUUGUUCACUACUCGGCUAUUCCAAUCGGACAUGAGGUAGGCUGGAAAUAAAGGUUUACGCUAACCAACAGCCCCUGGACCUUCCCAUAUGAGUUAGACCCCCGUGACUGAAAUUGAGUCACAUCACUAUAGAUUGCCUACUCUGCCCUGUUCAACCCCAUAUGAUGUGGUAGCCGAUUAUGUUCAUGCAUCUCCCAUGUAGUCAGCCUGAGUCGCAUCCAAUACACAUGACCUGCCCUGCUCAACAUCCCACCCUCAACACCAUCCUGUUCAGUUUGUCUCCCCCACCAAUUCUAUGCAGAAAAGCAUUCAAUCAUUUUUACAUUUUACUCUUUAUUUAACCAGGUGAGUCCCAUUUGAAUCUCUUUUUUUAAGGGAGGCCUGGCAGCCAUUAUAAUCUACACUACUAGAAGGUCAAUAUGUGCAUUCUAAAUUACACCCUGUUCCCUAAAUAGGGCCCUGGUCAAAAGUAGCGCACUGUAUAGGAAAUGGGGUGCGAUUUGGGAUGAUACCAAUGUGUCCCACCAUUAUAAAUCGGUCGGCUUGUUCCCUUUCUUUUUCUUCUUUAAGUACUAUGAAGAACGAAAGAGCCACACUACGGCCUGUCCGCUGUACAUCAAAGAUGACUGAAGUAUCAGACAUACCCUUUUUCAUGUGGUGCUAUCAUGGAUUCUCAGCCAGCCAAAGGUAUAUGAUAAUAAUGAUUAUUGAUUUAGGGCAUAAAGGGAUACUUUACUAGUGGACUAAAAAGCAAGCUUUGUGGAGAAUCUUCAUGUAAAGUGUUUAUAAAUCCAGAAUAAGAUUUAAUCUGUUUGGGAAAUCUUCCCAAAUAUAUAUAUAUAUAUAUUUUUUUUUUUAUCUUACCUUUGCUUGCUAUGGGUUUGGUUUGAUCCAGGCUGUCUUUUAUAUACAUUUAAGGUUGCAACAAUUAAGGUUGUCCCCACUCUUUUUCCAGUAGAUGUUGUGGUUCCACUUUAUAGUAGGUGUAAAACCCAUGUAUGUGUUUAAUUACAUUGUAGGCAGCUAGGCAAACAUUCUUACAUAGUACUUACAACUUAAACUGUUUACCUAAUUCAUUACACUAACUACUUACCAGUACGUAACUACGUUAUAAGGAGACUUAAGCGCUCGAUUCAAUCCAUAUCACCAAAGUCCAGCGCUAUAGCACGAUUGAAAUUGAAAGGCAACGUUCCCGCUGCAUUCAUGGUAAAUGCUGUAUAUAAUGGCUCAAUCUGAAAUUACCUUUAUUUCAAGUGCACAAUAGUGCUGAACUUAAGCAAUACGGAUUGAAUCAAAUCCCCUAGAUUGACCGAUUUGGUUAUAAUAUUCAAUAUUGUCUUAAAUGGGUUUUGGCCUUACUUGUAUCCAUGGUUACAAUUUGAAUGUCUCUGUGCAUAUUGCUUUAUGAAGACAGAGUGCUGUGUUUGUUUCGUAAUUAAACUAUGAUAAGUGAU